AUGCAUUUGCUAUUACAGGGUGUUAUGAUUGUUUUUAUUGUAUUAUAUUAUUACGUGGAGGCGCUGGUGAAACUUUUCAUUCCGAAGAAGAAAAAAUCUCUCAGCGGAGAGAUUGUUCUGAUUACUGGAGCUGCCCAUGGACUUGGAAGGGAAAUCGCUUGUGCAUUUUCCAAGCAUCAAUGCAAAUUGGCUCUUUGGGAUAUCAAUAAGCAUGGGAUUGAGGAAACAGCAGAGGAAUGCAGAAAGCUGGGUGCUGCAGUCCAUACAUAUGUGGUAGACUGCAGGAAGAGGGAGGAAAUCUACAGAACUGCAGAUAAGGUGAAAAAAGACAUUGGAGACAUCAGUAUCUUGAUUAAUAAUGCCGGAGUGAUAACCACAGGAUGUUUUCUUUCAGUCACGGAUGAGCAGAUCCAGAGCAUGUUUGACAUUAACGUUCUUGCUCACUACUGGACAGUGAAAGCAUUCCUGCCAGCAAUGAUGGAGAGAAACCACGGCCAUAUUGUCACAGUUGCUUCACUUGCUGGUUUUGUGGCUGUACCAUUCAUGGUGACUUAUGUCUCAUCCAAACAUGGUAUUGUUGGAUUUCAUCAGUCUUUGACAGAAGAACUGUUUUUGUUGGGAAAGGAUGGAAUCAAGACAUCAUGUCUAUGUCCGAGUUUUAUUAACAAUGGCUUUGUGAAGAAUUUACCUAAAAAAGCUGUUCCCACUGUAGAAACUGAGGAUGUUGUCAAUAAACUGAUGGAAGGAAUACUGACUAAUCAGAAAACGAUUUUUGUUCCACAACUGGCAAAACUCUUUACGAUAAUAUUAAGGCUUCUGCCAGAACGUGUUUACAAUAGUUGGGAAAUAAUAGAAAGAGAUUGGAUUGAUAGCUAUAGAAAUCAGUGCCAAAGGAGUAAGUAA